AUGUCUGACGCUGAAGGCGGCAAGAAGUCGGGCUACCGUCUGGAAUACGCAUCCAGUGGCAGGGCGAAGUGUACUGGUCCCAAACCAUGCAAAGGCACUAAAAUUGAGAAGGGCGAGCUUAGGAUGGGAUCUCUCGUUGAUAUCAGGGGCAAUACAUCCUUCCAAUGGCGCCACUGGGGCUGCGUGACGCCGAAAGUCAUCAAGAACAUGAAGAAGUCCUUCGAGGAGGCGGAUGAGCUCGACGGCUUCGAAGAACUGCGUCCCGAAGACCAAGAGAAAGUUCGCAAAGCCUGGGAGGAAGAGAAGGUCGCGGAUGAGGACAUCCCAGAGUCUGCAAAGAAGUCCGGGGAUGAAGAAGAAGAAGAGGAAGAAGAGGGCGAGGAGGGCGAGGAGAAGCCCAAGAAAAAGCCUGGCAGGCCGAAGAAGAAGGAGGCAAACGAAGGUAACGGUGAGCCGAAAAAAGGCGUCUUCAAGCUGGAGUACGCGUCCUCUGGACGGUCGAAGUGCAAAGCCUGCAAUGAACAGAUCGGUAAGGGUUUCUUCAGGCUGGGCCACGAGGGCGACUUUCGCGGCAAUAAAAUCUACACAUGGCGCCAUUGGGGCUGCCUCGACGGCAAGGCGAUCGCAUCAAUGAAGGCCUCUUAUGGCGACGCGUCCGAGAUUGGGGGCUUUGAGCAGCUGCAGCCCCACGAGCAGGAGAAGGUCAAGCGUUCCUGGGAGGCGGGUGCUGUGCCCGAGGAAGAUAAGGGCGUCGGCGAGGCCGUCGAUACAGGCAAGAAGGCCAUUGCGAAGAGAGCGAAGAAAGAGAAUGGCGAGAAGCCCAAGCGUAAGCGGACGCGUGUGCGCAAGGCUAAGAAGACUGAGGAGGAAGAAGAGGAGGAGGAGGAGGAGGAGGAGGAGGAGGAGGAAGAAUUGGCAGAGGAAGAGGAAGAGAAGCCCAAACGCAAGCGCGGGCCUGCAAAGAAAAGUGCGGAGGAAAAGAAGGAGAAGGCAAAAGCCAAGGCCCCCGCGAAGAAGCGCGCAUCGAAGAAGAGCGAGGACGAGCAGUCUGGCGAGGACUUUGGGUACGAGGUCGCCGCGGUGGGCAAGGAAGAGGAGGAAGAGGAAGAAGAGCCUGCUGUGAAGAAACGCAAGAUCGGGCGUGCUCCCGCAUCAAAGGUAGCGUCGUCGUCCAAGCCCACAUCGAAGGUGUCCGGUUCGGAGCCUGCCUCCAAAAAGGCCACAAAGCCUGCCUCCAUGCGUGGACGCAAGAAGCAGGAGGACGUCGUUGAGGAGGUGGAAGAGGAGGCCUGA